CAUGGUGGUUCAGAAACCUGUAGCUACUUCUUUAAUCAAACCCUAUUUAAAAAAACUAGUACUUCAAGUCCAUCCUGAUUUUUUCGUGGCUGACGCGGUGAAAAAACAACAUAAUGCUCAGACAUUACAACAACUUUACAGUAUUUUAAAUCCCAUAUUACGACCUUCUUUGACUGCUACGUUGAAACAACCCGUCCAGGUGUCAUUCUAUAGAAAACAGUCCAAAAGAUCAACAUCCAAACAACAACCUAUGAAGCCUGGUGUUUUGUUUUCUCAUCCUGAACAAAUGUGGCCCACCAUUCAGUCGUUUUUCUCACUUUGUGAACAGUUGGAUGUUAAAGUAUUACCAUCCGAUCAAAAUACAGUCCAGGAUAUGAUACAACAACAACAACAACAAAAGACAACACAUCGAUCCAAAAGAUCCAUCCCACCAUUUGGACAAGAAUUUGCCAAUGCAUUCUAUAAAGAACAACAACAAGAACGACCCAAAAAGAUAGAAUGGACACCAUCCAUGAUCUUGAACGAAAAGUUAUUCAUGUGUGACCCUAGUUUGGAUGCUCAACAGAUCGCCGACAAGUUGGUAUCUUGGUUACCUCAAUUACAACCUGAACUUUGGUGGGGCAAACUGCCGACGUUGUAUGUUUCGUCCUCUUCUUUACCUUCGGAUGAUCUAGCAAAAGGUAUUUUAAUCUUGAAUGAUGCAAUGGAUUGUCAAGAUAUAAAUGAAUAUUUAAGACAGCAUUUGAAGACGAAAUUAGAAGAAUACCAAGCACAAUCUUCUUCCUCCUAAUGAUACCCACAACAGGAUGAUCAAUGUCAUACGAAUUCACAAAUCAUUCAUCAUAACAAAGAAGUGGAUCUCUUUGUUUCCUGCAGCAAGAAUCAAAAUGUACGUACUAAUGGACUUAUUGUAUUUGGGAACUUCCAUCACCAGUUCGAACCAAGGAUAUCAUUAAGGACAAACCAAAUUGACACAGCCAAGGUUAUUCAUUCCAAUUCAAGAAAAUCUUUGACAACUGCAUAGAAAUAGAAUUUAGUUUAUCUGUAUAUUAUCACAUCUAUUUUAUAUAAUAUUUGAAUAAAGGAAAAGAACACUAC